UUUCCGGGCCAUCACACAAACCCCUUUGCUUCUGCAGCCAUUCACAGCUUAAGUUCCUGAACAGGACAAAUCCAUUUUAAGGACCUGAGAACUGUCAGGGCAUGGCCAAACAUCUCACCUUGAGCUUCAUUUUACUAAUCAUACUGGUUGACAAGAGCGAAGCCUGUUUUUGUGACCACUACCCAUGGACUCACUGGUCCAGCUGUUCUAAAUCUUGCAAUUCUGGAACCCAGAGGAGACAGCGACAAAUAGAAGUGAAUGAUUACUAUCGGCAAAACUAUUGUGACCAGCUUUGUACCAAGCAGGAGACCAGAGAGUGUAAUGUGCAGACAUGUCCCAUCAACUGUGUCCUUGGCGACUACGGGCCAUGGUCAGACUGUGACCCUUGUAUUGAAAAACAGGUUAAAGUUAGAUCUAUCCUGCGCCCAAGUCAGUUUGGAGGACAACCAUGCACAGAGCCCCUGGUGACCUUUCGGCCAUGUGUCCCAUCCAAGCUCUGCAAAAUUGAAGAGACUGAUUGCAAGAAUAAAUUCCUCUGUGACAGCGGGCGAUGCAUUCCCAGAAAGUUAGAAUGCAAUGGAGAAAACGACUGUGGAGACAAUUCCGAUGAGAGGCACUGUGGCAGAACAAAGACAGUAUGCCCACGGAAAUACCUUCCCAUUCCUAGCGUGCAGCUGAUGGGCACUGGGUUUCAUAUUCUGGCAGGAGAGCCCAGAGGAGAUGUCCUUGAUAACUCUUUCAAUGGAGGAAUAUGUAAAACUGCCAAAAGCAUUCGAGCAAGUAAUCCAUACCGUGUUCCGGCCAAUCUGGAAACUGUUAACUUCGAGGUACAAACUGUGGAUGAUGACUUUAAAACAGAUUUCUACCACGAUCUAGUCAGUUUUGGAAGGAAGAAAGAUAUAAAAGGUUCAACGUCCACUGAGAAGAAAGACUCUAUCUUUGUGCCAAUUUUUUUUUCCUCAAGGACAAGCAACAGAAGGCAACAUAACUUCGCCUUCAAGGAAGCCAUUCAAGCUUCCCACAAACAGGAUUCUAGCUUUGUCAGGAUCCAUAAAGUGACAAAAGUCUUAAAUUUCACGAUGAAGAGCACAGACCUGCAGCUUUCAGAUGUCUUUCAGAAAGCCCUUCUCCAUCUGCCUUUAGAAUACAACUCAGCUUCCUACAGCAGGAUAUUUGAUGACUUCGGGACCCAUUAUUUCACCUCGGGCUCCCUGGGGGGCAAGUAUGACCUUCUCUACCAAUUCAGCAGUCAGGAGCUUCAGAACUCAGGAUUGACAGAAGAAGAAACCAAAAGGUGUGUCUGGUAUGAAACAAAGAGACGUAUUCUUCUCUUCUUUACAUCUACAGUUAAGGAACACCAGUGCUUCACAAAUAAGCUGUCUGAAAAAUAUGAAGGUUCCUUCUUGCAGGGAGCAGAAAAAUCCAUAUCCCUGGUCCAGGGUGGGAGGAGUCGGCAAGCAGCAGCCUUGGCAUGGGAGAAAGGGAGCUCUGGUCCCCAGGCAGAAGUCUACUCUGAGUGGUUAGAAUCAGUGAAGGAAAACCCCGCUGUGAUUGAUUUUGAGCUUGCCCCCAUCACCGACUUGGUCAGAAACAUCCCGUGUGCAGUGACGAAAAGGAACAACCUCAGGAAAGCAUUUCAAGAAUAUGCAGCCAAGUUUGACCCUUGCCAGUGUGCGCCAUGUCCUAAUAAUGGCCGCCCCAGGCUCUCAGGCACAGAAUGUUUGUGUGUGUGCCAGAGUGGUACCUAUGGCGAGAACUGCGAGAAGCGAUCUCCGGAUUACAAGUCUGACGCAGUGGAUGGAAACUGGAGCUGCUGGUCUUCCUGGAGCACGUGCAAUGCUGCUUACACGAGAUCGAGAACCCGGGAGUGUAAUAACCCUGCCCCCCAGCGAGGAGGGCAACAUUGCCAAGGCGAGCAGCAGCAAGAGGAAGACUGUACAUUCUCCAUAAUGGAAAAUGUUGGGCAACCAUGCAUCAGCGACAAUGAAGACAUGAGAGAAGUAGACCUUCCUGAGAGAGAAGCAGAUUCUGGGUGUCCUCCGCCAGCUCUCCCUGAAAAUGGAUUUAUCUGGAAUGAAAAGAAGCUGUACUCCGUUGGGGAGGAGGUUGAAAUUUCUUGUCUUACUGGCUUCAAUGCUGUUGGAUACCAGUACUUCAGAUGCUUGCCAGACAGAACCUGGAGGCAAGGAGAUGUCGAAUGCCAACGGAUUGAGUGCCUCAAGCCAAUGGUUCAGGAUGUCUUGAUGAUCUCCCCACUUCAAAGAGUGUAUCAGAUUGGUGAAUCCAUUGAGGUGGCAUGUCCCAAAGGCUUUGUUAUUGUUGGGCCAUCAAGAUACAGAUGCGAGGGAGACUCUUGGACACCUCCAAUUUCAGAGUCACUGACCUGUGAAAAAGAUAUGCUGACAAAGUCAAGGGGCCUUUGUCAACCAGGACAGAAACAAUCAGGAUCCGAGUGUGUUUGUAUGUCUCCAGAAGAAGACUGCAGUAAUUAUUCAGAAGACCUUUGUGUAUUUGAUGUGGGAUCCAGCCAAUACUUCACUUCAUCUGCUUGCAAAUUUUUGGCUGAAAAAUGUUUAAACAACAACCGGUUCCAUUUUGUACACGCUGGUUCUUGCCAAGAAGGCCCCCAGCUGGAAUGGGGUCUUGAGAGGCUAAGACUUGCACUGAAUAGCACCAAGAGAGUGUCCUGUGGCUAUGAUACCUGCUAUGACUGGGAGCAAUGCUCAGCCCACACUUCCAACUGCGUCUGCCUGUUGCCCCCACAGUGCCCCAAGGAUGGGAACCAACUCUACUGUGUCAAACUGGGAUCGUCCACACGCGGGAGAACAGUAGACAUCUGUACAGUGGGAGCUGUAAGGUGUGCAAACAGAAAGAUGGAGAUACUGAACCCUGGGAGGUGUCCAGAUGAGCACAGUCACUGAGACAUGAAUUUACUCUUCAAAACCAACGCCUCCAAAAGCAGGGAUGGGCACAAGGACGGGAGGCGGGGAAAGCCAAUGGAUGGGAACAAACUAUGAUGACACGUUUGUGAUAAAAUCCAUUACUUUGUAUGAUAACCUUAAAAAACAAUUUUCAAAAGCAUUAUAUGAAAAGAAAACUGCCAUGGUCAUAAAUUACUGGAAAAAAAUUUUGUGUGGUGUUUAUAUCAUUACCUUCCCAUCAACUCACCAUUCGAUCACCUCCUAUCUAAUGAUGUUCCUGUGUCGUAUUUCUGAGAUGAAACGUCCGUAUCGAUCUGGUAAAUUAUCUUACACUGCACAAAAUACAUUGGGGCUUCUGAGGACCUUGGACACCUGUGGUAAACAUUAUCCUCACAAUUAGAAACA